GCUGUCACGUGCCCCUGAUAGAACGAAAACGAUGCCAUUACCGUGUUCAAGGCACGUAAAUUCAGGUGGACCCUCGGAAGACUGAAGACCUCAGGCUCGGGUGAAAAGUUUGCACGAAAACGUAAGAAAUCUCACAGUGCCUACGGGAUCCAGCUGGUCCGUUCCUGUUCGACGCGUUUGCAGCCACGUGCGAGGACAACCGAAUAGUGAGGAGGUGGAGGAGGCGGAGAAGAAGCCGGUGGUGGCGGAGGUGGUGGUGAUCGAGGAAGGAGCGAACUGCUCCGGUUCCUCAAUCGUGCAAACAUGAGACGUUGGACUCUCAUGGCGGCUAUAGCCCUGGCUGCAUCGGGGCUGGUAAACGGCGGUUCUCACGAGAAACGGCUGCUAAGCGACCUGCUGGAUACAUACAACGUGCUGGAGCGUCCGGUUGGCAAUGAGUCCGAGCCCCUCGUGUUGAGCUUUGGCCUUACACUAAUGCAAAUAAUCGACGUUGACGAGAAGAACCAAUUGCUCAUUACAAACCUCUGGUUGAAAUUGGAAUGGAACGAUGUGAACAUGAGAUGGAAUACGUCGGAUUACGGGGGAGUGAGAGACCUCAGGAUUCCACCACAUAGACUUUGGAAGCCUGACGUUCUCAUGUAUAACAGCGCGGACGAAGGCUUCGACGGCACUUACCCGACGAACGUCGUCGUGAAGAACAAUGGGACCUGCUUAUACGUACCGCCCGGCAUAUUCAAAAGCACUUGCAAGAUAGACAUUACGUGGUUCCCUUUUGAUGAUCAGCGCUGCGAGAUGAAAUUCGGCUCCUGGACGUACGACGGUUUUCAGUUGGACCUGCAACUGCAAGACGAGAGCGGAGGUGACAUCAGCAGUUUCAUCACUAACGGCGAGUGGGAUCUGUUAGGAGUACCUGGUAAAAGGAAUGAAAUUUAUUACAAUUGCUGCCCAGAACCGUAUAUAGAUAUAACGUUCGUGGUUAUCAUCAGAAGGCGGACUCUUUACUAUUUCUUCAACCUCAUCGUGCCGUGUGUCCUAAUUGCCAGCAUGGCCGUUCUGGGAUUCACCUUGCCACCCGAUUCCGGCGAGAAACUUUCUCUAGGGGUAACCAUUCUCUUGUCCCUCACUGUGUUCUUGAAUAUGGUGGCCGAGACAAUGCCAGCGACUUCGGACGCCGUGCCUCUGCUGGGAACAUACUUCAACUGUAUUAUGUUUAUGGUGGCCAGCAGUGUAGUCAGCACCAUUCUUAUUUUAAAUUAUCAUCACCGGAACUCUGACACUCAUGAAAUGUCUGAAUGGGUGAAAGUGGUAUUCCUUUAUUGGCUGCCUUGUAUACUUCGUAUGUCACGACCUAGUGAUAAAGAAGAGAGGGAGGCACAAAAGUCUCAGAAACCGUCUCCAGUCACCGGUAAUUUAGUGACACGAAAAAGCAUCGACACAAGUGCUGGCAAGAGUCACGGUGACCUGGAGCUUCGUCAGAGGAGCAGCAAAUCCCUCCUAGCAAAUGUCCUGGAUCUCGAGGACAACGCUCUGGCGUCCCAUAAUAAUCUCCUGAAUAACGUGUACAGUACCCCUGGCCCUCACCAUCACACGAUGGGUCAUGGGCACAGUCACAUUCACACGACGCCCCAUCAUCAUCAUAGCCACGCUGCAACGCCGCAUCAUCAACACUCAACGCCACUGGCACACUCCUCCUAUCCGGGGGCGAUUCAGAUCGGUCACACACCGCAUCAUCAUCCACAUCCGCCAGAUACGCCAGGUCCCCAGGUCGAAACAAUACUUCAAAACGCGUGUUUCUGUGCCCGAAACGAGCUCAUUAUGAUCCUCAAAGAAAUUAAGAUAAUCACGGAUCAGCUGAAGAACGAGGAGUUGAACACCAAGGUGACGAACGACUGGAAGUUCGCGGCGAUGGUGAUCGACAGAAUGUGCCUAAUCAUUUUUACUCUGUUCACCAUCAUCGCAACCAUCACCGUCCUACUGUCGGCGCCGCACAUCAUCGUCACGUGAUUUAGAAAAGUACAGAUAGCCGACUACACGUUGGCGGUCGACGAGGAUCGUGCGUUGCGCAUCGGUGCGGACGGCGAGGAACGCGAACAUGACGAUGACGAUGACGACGACGACGAUGACGACGACGACGACGACAAUGACGACGACAAUGACGAUGACGACUACCACGAUCUGGUCCAUGCUAGGAUUACGCAAACAACGUUUACAGUGAUGUUUCUCCUACGCUUGGAUCUCCAGCUGAUUGGAAGUCGAGCCUCAGAGUCAUGUGUUACGCCCCGCUUCGGGUGAUCCGCACUGUUCAUAGGAAGAAAAUGAUACGAGGACACUAGGCUCUCUGUAUUAUUUACAAUAUAUAUAUAUAUAUAUGUACACAUAAAAAAAAGAUACGUAUAUGUAUACAUAUAUAUAUCUUUAUGUAGUUCAUUCGAAAAGGACGCCUUAGCGAGACACGUUGAAAAUGCGCCUACAUAGGCGCGUUAAAGGACACUGACACGCGCGCGCGCGCUCACACCUACAUGCACACACGAUCGCAUACAAACAUGCCGGCCACGCCGAGGUAUGUGCAUCUCUGGCAUUUGUUGUGCCGCGAUAGGGAUGGAACGCGAACGAUCGCGAGCCUCGAGUUCCUUUCGGUUCGAGCUGACGCAAUUUUUUGCGGAAAAUUGGAUACAUGCUGACGCUGGAUUGACUAGUGAAGCAAAAGUAGUUACAUCAUCCUCAUAUUUUUUCUUCGUUGCAUAAUUUCUAUCAAAAUCAUCCAAUUUCAGGUUUGUCAAACGAAUAUAUUUAAGUUUUCGAAUGUUGUAAAUUGUAAUUCUCUGAUUAAUCGCAGUGUUAAUUUUAAUCCGAUACCUGCUAGAUGAGAAAUAUUACGUUUUAUUCGUUUUCAUGGAUAUUACUUUUCCUUGAAUUCUUGCGAAAGCGAGAAUGGAGAAAAAUCUUUGUUAUUGUUGUUUUUAUUGUUAAGUUACCUUAAAGUGUUGCUUUUGAGUAACACAACUUGCUAUCUAUUUAACCACGUUGUGGAAAGUAUUUUAUUCUUUGAAAACUGUUCCGCUGAAGUGGCGUGACAAAUAGUUUGACUAAAAUUUUAACGAAAACAUUCGUUUUUGAAACACGCUUCAGUAAUCGUUGCACGGGAUGCAAAUAAAUCUGCGUACACGCGUGUGAAACACAAACACGCAUACACGUACACGCACAUAUAUACGCAUACACACGCAAGAGACAGAACAUAGAAACAAAGAGCACCGAGAACCGUCGAAGGGUUUGAAUUCGUUAAAGAAUAAAUCGAGUUGCUCGGUACGGUCCACGACUACGAAACGAUUUUUCGUUCGAUUCUCGUACGACCGUACCAGCCAGAGAAUCUCAUAAAAAACGAAAGAGAAAAAGGGAGAGAGAGAGGAAAGAGAGAUAUACAAACAAAAGAGAGAGAAGCUGAAGAAGGGUACACCGCUCCUUUUAUUGUGCUUAAAAGAGAGGAAAAGGUAGAGAGAAAUAAAAAAGCAGAAUGGAAACAGACGAAAGAGAACACACGAUUAAGAGCAAAGCGCACACGUUAAUAUUCUGAAAAACUUAAAAAGCAACAAAAAAAGCAAAAAAAAAAAGAGAAUAAGUAAAAAUAAUAACUACACACAAUGAACUGCCAAAAUGUUUCAAAACAAUGCCAGUGAAUUUUAUUAUCCGUAUCACUAGUAAGUAAAAUCGACGACAACUUAAAUAAAACGGGGGAUUUAUACUACGAUUAUAAGAUGGCGUGCGACAGCGCGGCGUUUAAAACAAAAGAAAAAAAAUAAAAUACUGUUCUUUGUUAGUUCGUAAGAGAAAUCCGGCGUAAGCAAGCGGAAACAGUGAGAGAGAAAGAGAGAGAGAGAGAGAGAAAGAAAGAAAGAAAGAGAGAGAGAGGGAGAGAAAGAGAGAGAGAGAAAGGGGGAGAGAGAGAGGGAGAGAAAGAGCGACGACGCGGGUAUAUGAAUGACUUCAAAUGAAACGAUGACGAUGAUGACGAUUGACUUAGCGCAACAUCUAUCUUCAUUUUCUCACGUUUUUUCCCCUUCUAUCGGCGGACAUCGUUUGUUGUUGUCCCUCUGUACACGCUUGUACAAGCGCACACACGGUACAUACUCUCUCUCACACCACCACCAACACGUACAUAGACACUACGCACUUCGUUGCGUAGAAUUUCACACACGUUACACACCCGCUCCACAAAUGUCUCACACUUACGUUAACACAAGACGGACAUGCGUACACAAGCAAAAACUUUUUCAAUCUAACGUUCUAGGGAGUCAGGCUUUCGCAUCCUCGAGAUUCUCGCGUGACUCCCGGCGAACUCGACGUUCGCUAUCUAGGUAACGAGGCGCCUACCUAUCACAAUCGGAUCCGAGAUUCGCAACGCGAUUCCAAAGCAACUCGAAGCUGUUAGUGUAUAUUUACUUUUUUAAGUCGAGUCGCCUUCGAACGAUGCGAAUCUCGAAGAUCCUCGAUGGACGAGCGACCGUGCGGCUUCCUUUCGAAUAUUCCCGAACGCAGUCCGGUUCUGGGUACUUUCCCCUCGUUCUUCGAACCAGCAACCGACUCGAUUCUAUGCUAUUUGACUGUACGCGAAACUGAAUAUCAAGGUCUCGAGCGAUCGCACAAGUCUGAUUCUUGAAUAAUCUCUUGCUCUUCGACCGCACGCUACUCGCCCUAAAUGGCCAAACCAUUUGCAGUUCGUCUGUGAAAGUAUCCACGUCGGAUUAUCCGUCAACGGGCGCACAGCAGUUCCGAUUGAUUUUUGCUGUUUGUCGCCACAAAAUGGGAUCCGUUUCCUACAAAAGUAUAUUGCGAGAACUUAUGAGAAAUCGAUAGUUAUGAAAAGAGUUGAAAAAUUGUUAUUCAAUGCGUAUCGAAAUUUACGAAUAAACAAGAAAAAAUUGUUUUCAAGAACGAUUAGUCUCGUUGCAUUGGUAUUCGCAUUAAUUAGGAAUUGCAUCGUGCUGAAUGAAAUUUUUUAUCGAACGUCGCGCUUCGUUUAGUUUCAUAGUGAAUAUUUGUUUCGACGAUAAGGUAACAAAAUUACUUCGCCAGACUUGACGUAUUUUCGGAAUCGAAGCUACCGUAGUAGUUGAGUUGUAACGCGUACUACACGCGAUCGUCGUUCGUCUGGUAGUGUCUCAUCGAAUUUUCUGUCGACCACGAGUCUAGAAGCAGGAAACAUUUUAGUCAAUAUAUAAGAAUGCUCAGUAUUUAAUACGAUAUUCCAUUUACUAUUUUGACUCGUGACCAGACUCGAGAUUCGAGACUCGUAGAUGCUCGAACGAAUCGACGUCGCCGGGAAAUAGCAUUUCCUUUUCGAGCUGUAAGAGUCACCGUGUUUUUCGAGCAACGGUAGAUUUCAUGCUGUACAUAGUUCGUUAAUUUCGAUAACUCGACGGUUUGUUUCACUUCGACUCGUUUCAGGAUCAGCUUACAUUGGAACAACAUGGUAACAUAGUUUUGUUAUAUGUGUAACAAACUCUUUUAUUUAUUACAGUUUAAUAAAACCUCGUUACAGUUUGUUUUAUGUAAUAGCAAUUUGAAUAUUCCGUGUUUCGUGCAAUCCAUUUCAAAUAUUUAAGAACAAUUCUCCUAAAUGUAUUAAGUAAUGAAUGUUUAAAAGUUAGUUUUAUUAUUUUCUGAAAUUAUACAAAUCGACGUUGUUCCAAUGUGAUAGAAGUUCAAUUAGCGCAUUAUCUACAUCUGACUAAAUUGCAUAUACCUAAAUUUCCACGACUUCGAGUGAUCAUCUCGAUUAAAAACAGUGCAUACGAGAAGCAUAUCUUUAGACGCAGGAAAUUAAUCCUAAUAUUCCUCAGUGUAUAAUACGAGUACGAAGCACGUUACAGAACCAAACCUUAGGUCCCCUAGAGCCGAAUAAUUUAUUCCUUUCGCGAAAGAAUAAAACUGAAAAAACGAACGCUCAGAAAUGCAAAAAAUAGAAUUAAAAAAAACAAAAAUAAGCAAACGCAAUCUUGUAGACUGUGUUAAAUAAACAAAAACUGGAGAAAUACUCGACAACUAACUUAGACGAAGAAGCUUGUCAACGCAAGUAGAGGAAAAAAACAUCGGAAUCUCGUUAACGGAUAGUCUCGCAGGCGGGUUUUGUUAAACAUAUAAUAAAACGAAAACAAGAAAAAAAAACGAAAAAAAACUAUAGCACGUUUUGGCCAUUGGCAUUGACGCGACAACCAAUCACGUUAUCUUUUAAAUACUAUUAUAAUGGUUACAAAAUAAUAAUUAAAAAAAAACAUUGUUAACGGUGUUAAAGGAACGAUUUAAAAUGAAAAAAAAAAUAAUAGUACGUAGAGGAUAUAAACUAUAAUCGAUAAUGCCUCGAUUGGUGGAAUAACCAUUCUCGAUCUUUAAAUCAGCUAACUAAUUAAACUAAUGAAUUAAAUUUAAAGCACUUAAUGGUUCGCGCCGGAAGGUUUUGUUAGAAUACAGUACUAAGUAGGGAAGACAAAAAAAAGUAUUUAAAAAAACACGGUUAUCUCAAGUGAGUGUCAUUAGAGAAGCAAAAGAAUCGCGGAAAAGAUAUUAACGAAGAUAGUUCGGCAUGCCACAGUGUCGAGUCAAGUAAAAAAUGAAACGAAAUAAAAAAAACAAAAAGAAAAAAGGAAACGUAAUAACAUUAAUACGAUGAAUUAUGUGUUUAAAUGUCACGAUUUCAACGACUGCGUUUCGCGAUGGAAUCUUUUUUGAACGUGUUUCCUUCUUCCCAGCGACAGCUGCAAAAUCAAGGAUAGCCAAUCGCGAAACGAAACGACUCUCCGUGGUUGUUAGUUCUUUGUUCUUUUCCGCAAACACGUUUGCUGUAGUUCAAGUUGGUGGAAAGAGUCGCAUGGCGACGAUUUAUUGUUAAAGCGCGACCGAUUCGAGCCCUUCGUUAGCCAAUUUGAAUUUUCAAACAACUUUCAAGAAAUCCCUGCAAUGAAUGUAACGCUAUUAAUUUUUAGAUUAUUUGAUUCGCAAGAUGUAAGAGCUUCCAGAAGUAGAUAACAUUAAACUAUGCUUCGAAAUAUGAUAAGCUUAUUCCUAUAGCUUCUGUUCCGCCAUGUAAAAGUAUCAUGAAGUACGCGAAUAUGCAAUAAGUAAAAUCAGAAUUAGCAUACUAUUGUUAUCUAAUUACAGCGGAUAACGACGUCUAUCGAAAUUUUUAUUAACGGGACAAUUUUCAUGGUGUGAUGCGAUUGAAGCUGCUAUUGACAAACUGUGAAGGGAGAAAGAGCAUUAUACGUUCUACAAUUAUAAUUAUAAUUCGUUUCACGAGAGUUAAUAUCGGUUUAUGCGUGGAUGUACAUCGUUUAUAGCCUACUGUAAAGUGUCCCAUAAAAAUCGGUUGCAAAUGAAGCAAUUAGGUGCACGAUAUGUGUUCGAUAAAUUAAUGAAAUUGGCCUGCGAACGGCUCAGAUUCGUUGCAUGUCGCGACGGCGGCGUUGAACGACGCUCCCAUUUUAAUCGUAUUUAUACGCGUUAACGUUAAGCGAGCAAACACUGAUUGUUAACGGAGAAUUAACAUCCAGCCUAUUGAUAUUACUUGUUAUUGAUUAGUUCUUACGCGAGCGUGAAAAAAAUAAUCAUAAUAAUAAAACUAUUCGGGAAUAUAAUCGUAUAAUGCACACGCCGAAUUUUUCGCGUGCUACGAAAUCUCAGUUGGAUUAUUCAACGGGUGACUUGUUGUUGCAGGGGAAGGGAGAAAAUAAUGCAUAGAAUUGCAGUGAAAAAAGGAGACACAAUGCAGCCCGUAUUUAAACGAAGUUCCAACGUUCUAGCGAAGAGAAAUAAAAUAAAAAGUAAAGGCGAUAAGCUGUUCGAUAAUUAAGAAAUUAUAUACUCGUUCUGUCAAAAAAUUUACUUGUUCUCACAUAUCGAAGUCAAGUUGGAAUUCGAAACAAGUUGCUCACUGAACAAAAAAAAAAAAAAAAAAAUAAUAAUGAUUUAAAGAUAUAAAUGUUAAACAAGGAAAAUAAAAGGCGAGGAUGAGGAAUAACGAAGAAAAGUAUAAACUAAAUUCGUUGCUCACGAAUGCUCAUUUAUUGUUUUUAUCCAGCGCGGUUCCAGUGUUUACGAGAUGUCGUAAGCCAGCCGCUUAGUGAGAAUAAUUAAUGUUCGAGUGUACUACUUUCAACUAUCACGCUCAACGUUCAAGCAUUUAAGCUGUUCACGAGAUUCAGGGUCUUAGAGAUUAAUUAGACAAAACGGUAGAAAAAUUGUCGUUCGUAAAAACUAAAACAGAAGAAAUGGAAACACUAAUUCGUAAAUUACAAAAAGAGGAUGAAACAGUAGUAGAAAUAAAUAAACGCGCAGACACCGGGAAAAGGGAGUGUUCUUUUUCACGUUUCGGGGAUCUUUUCAUUUGGUCGUUUUGUUUCGAGGGAAAUAAACGUUACACGUUGUAUUUACGUACUACGUAACAUGUAUCGAUGAGAAAAGCAUAGAGUAUCUAUAUUAAUCUAUAAUUGAACUAAUCGAAUCGACGAGCGAAGAAACUAAAUGAUAAAAAUAGGAAAGAGAAAAAUGAUAUUUAAAUUCAAGCGGACUGUGACGACCCAUUCGUUCCUUUUUCUCUUUUUGUAACAAUCGUAUCGAUGAUUACACUGAUACGAUAGGGUGAUUUUAAUUGCACGUGCUGCAGAAAUGUUUCCACCUUCUUGAACUCUGUGAAAGAAAACGAGACGCGAGAGCUUCUUUUCGAAAGAUAAGAAUAUAUCACGCAGCAAAUGUCGCACGACAGUGAGACGAAAGUACGCUUUCUUGUGCAUGAUCGAACGAUAUCACGGUUAUAAAACAGAGGUUCGUCGUGCUUUUUGAAAAAUCGCUUUCAAAGCGAAAUAGAGUCCGAUCUAAAGACUCGAUCAUCGUUUGAAUUUCUGACGAGCAUUUCUCCGUUCGAAGUAAUAUUUUCUUUUAUCUUUGCCUGGCAGCUCGGUUACGGGUAACGGUUGCAAGUUUUCUUUGAGCGAAACUUCCGAAUUAGAACAAAAUUUUUCUUCCAGUUUAUUCUCGAUCCCCUUCACAAGGAAAUUUCUCUUUGCCGAGUUUUUCGAUAGAAAUUAUUCCUCAAAAGUUUUCUUGUAGAGCGAGACGUCAACUUUUUCAUAGAGCGAUCGAAUUUUCCUUUCAAGAAAAGUUAAUAAGCAUACCUUGGACGAUUUACACGGAAUAGAAUAUUUGGCAUAGUUGUAUUAUAUUUGAAACGUGAUUUUUAAAACAGUCUAACGUAAACGUCUAUAAGUAGCAGCCUACCAUCGGGACAUAAUAAGAUUUUUGUUUAAAAACGAAUCGAGGAGAAAAGACAGAAAAGUAAGCGGAAAUAAGGGAGGGAAAGGGUUAAAAGAGGGAAACGGACGAAACGAAGAAGCGGAAUUUACAGAGAAAUAACGCAACUUGCGCCUUUGAUAAAAAAAAAAAAAAAACAAGAAUACAUAUAUGUAUUAAACUCAGCUUGUCACACGCGGGGUUAUCAUUAUAAACUAUUAAUCUUAUAAUAAUUAAAAUUAAUAAUAACGGUAAAAUCACGAAGGAGGAGAGAAACAAUGAUAAUAUUAAUAAUAACAUUAGUACUAAUGAUAUUAAUACCGAUAACAAUAAUAAUUAUAAUAAAUAAAUAAUAGCGUAACGGUAACGUAUUAAUUAUUAAUUCUCCGCCUGUGCAAAAUGUUGAAAAUUUUUCUUUCUACGACGUUAUUAAUCUAUGACUAAGGCGAUUUCUAUGAAGAAUCGUUUCCAAUAACGAAUAAAAAAAAAGGGGGAAAUAUUAUAUGGUUAAUAAGAAAUUUAAAGAAAAUAAAAAAAUGCAUUGUAAAGGUUGGUACGCUAUUAGGAUCGUAGUAGUGCAUAUGUACAGGGUGAUGCGAUUAAAAUGUAUUUGGACAUCGAUAUGGCGUACGAUUUUUCGAGUGUUCUAUUCGAGUAAAUGUGAACGAUACUGUUAAAAAAGAAAGAAAGAAAUAUCUCGAAAUAAGAACGAGAUCGAGAACGUAGAAUCGAUUAUGAAACGAUUAAAUUUAGAAAGGGGCUAAUGUGUCGAUGAAACUCUUAAUCAUAAGCGAUUUUGUACUGGCUAUUCAAAUAACAAAUAACAAAGUAUACGGAUGAUUAAAUUUUAGAUAAAAUCUUAUGCAAUCUCGAGAUGAAAUUUUAUUUUUCAAUAUAGUUCUAUCGAAUUAUUCUGGAUGAUGCGAAAUUUGAAUUUUAUGUAACAAGAAUCGGUUUAUAGAUUACUUUGAGAUUAAAGAGGGAAAUGUCAGCCUCGUGAGAGCUUCCUGUAAGAGUCAAAUACAUUCCUCCGUCAAUGUUGCCUUAACUCGAAAAAUAUCCUCGAAAGACUAGCCCAUUGUCCGAAAGAAACGCUCUCCGUUGAACAAUGGUUCAAUUACCUUCAACGCUCGAAACGUCAGACAUCGAACGCGAGAUUGUCGACAAGUAGCCCCUUUCGAUCGUCCUACGACGUAGAAUUCAUCAUGGAAAAUAAAAAAAUAAAAAAAAAGAAAAAAGAAAACAAAGAAAUAAAGGAAAUAAAAAUCGGAAGAAAGCAAGAUUCAUCGACCAUGUCAGGUCUUCGAAACUUUCUCCUACACUUUGUAGUCUUUUACUCGACUCGUAAUUCAAUCCAAGCAUUUUAAGAAACUUAUUAAGGUAACCGGUUAGAAAUAAAACAAAUAAGAUUGCUCACCGAGACACCGUGUCGUUUAAGUGUCACAAAGACAAUCCCCUCGGAACUUAAAAGCAAACGACGAAAAUUGUUGAGACGUUUGUUGAGAAAAACGAACAUUUUUCUUCUCUCUCGAUGUAUGAUAUACUACCUCUACUAACACUACGCGAGAUAUCGAUAACUAUUUCUAGGUGAAAUUAAAUCGAUCUUAAUCGUUGCGAACGGUAUAACACCGAUUUACAUAGCCAAGAUAAAAAGAGAAAAAAAUAAAAAACGACUGUAACCUGACGUAAUUUUAACGUGUAAGGUCUAUUAUACUUAUAGCACGUCAAAGUCUUCCGCAGUUAGUCUCCAAACAAGUAGUUACAAGACACACGGGAAAAUGAAGACGCAAAAACACACCAGACGAAUUUUUUUUCAUAUUCUUUCCCCUCCUUUCUCUAAUUUUUUUUUUCCUACUACUGACGUUCACCCGUCGUUCCUCGUCUUAAAAAGCUCUGGUGAUAUAUGUAUAUUUGCUGAACGAACGCUUCUCUGAUUAACUGUUCGAAGAAACGCAAGUCCCCUUGAACGAUUAUACGGAGUCCAGGGUUUUAUUGAUCGGCUGAUUGAUAUUUAAUUAAGGGAACUUAGUAGGGAACGUUUCUCUCACGCAAAAGUAGCGAUCGCGUCGCGUACCUUGUCUUCAAGCACGAAACUGUGAAAGUACUGUGAUCGAUGGAGAAUCAAAAUUGUAUUUGUCAAGUUUAAGAGAUGCUCGUGUUCGUCGUGUGAUUCGUUUUUGUAGUGGAUACUGAGAAUAAGGAAAAAUAAAAAGUUGAACACGAGAAAGAAACAUGAAAGGAAGAAGAAGGCGAAGAAUCAGACUUUAUCGAGCCGUUAACGAAAUUUUCAGCGAGACGCGAACGAAGCGCGAGAAUUCGUCUUGUAACAUAAAUUGUGAAAUGCGCUUUAUUAUUGUAGAUCUUGAAACGCUGAAAGAUAGGUAGAAACGCUUAGAAAUUACGAACGUUCGAGCAAAGUUGAAGAAAACAUUACGGAAUGUUUCAGCGAAGAGAAGUAUGUAUAUUGCGCUUUGUAAUUAGUAAACAAAUUUUUUCCGACGUUUAUCGCGCGUUGCACGAAGACACUCGAAAGAUCGACGACCCUUUGUCCCAUUUUACUAGAUCGCUCUUUAUACGCAUAAAGUAUACAGCAGGUCAGCCGAAAUGAAGUAUAAACGAAGAACAAGGUUGACGCAAUUCGCAUAGAAAACGUAAUAAUUAUGAAAACGAGGAGAGAAAAUGUAUAACAUAGUCUGCGGUUUUCUCAUUUCUAGGACGAACGUUAUAUUCAACUUGGAAUGUAAUUAAGCGAAGCAUUUAUCGAAAGAAGUUUCUUCGUUCCUCGGAAGAGAACGUUUCGUUACGUUGCAUUAAAAUACAAAAACUAUUCUUUACAAUUUACUGUAACUUGCAAGCAAUUUUUCAUACAUACUUGUACUUUCUUCUGUAAAUAUAAAGUCCCGUUAUUUCUAAACUUGUGUACCAUUGCAAUUCUCUUUCUGAUUCUAUUUAUUCUAACAUAAAAUCAAUGCAUAAGUUAUUGGUCAAAUCAAGUUGUUUACUCGACACCUGCUUUUUUAAACAAAAACUAGUUAUAUUAAUUUAAUGACAGUUUGAUUUCUGUUACAAAUAUUCUGUAAGCUUAAGACAAACGCGUGACGAGCAAUAAACUGAGCAAUAAAUACGGUACGGAUAUAACUUGAAGAAAAUGCACAAAACAGAUUCGGUUUUUACUAAAAUUCUGAUCAAUCAAUAGCAAAAAGGUCGGCAUAUUUCAAACUCGAAAAUUAUUUUAGAUUGGGAGAAAAACUUAUACUAUCAAACGAAUAAAUUUUUUUUGUCAAAACUUACUAAAAGCCACGCAGGUGGAUGAAAUCUGAUAAAAAAUCACCUCGCCAUUUCGGCUGAACUUCGUGUAUACGUAUGAAUGUAUAUAUAUAUAUAUAUAUAUUGCAUAUACGUACGUAUAUUCUCUUUAGAUACGUAUUAUGAAGAGAUUGAAUUAAAACUACAGCGAAAGGUAGCGUGUAAAAAAUAAAAUCGGCGGAGAAAGACGCGGAGGUAAAAGCUAGAAAAAUUGAAAUUGUUGCUCGCGAGUCAGCCCCCAUUGUUACACUCAUUGUCAGCGAAAUGAUAAUCUGUGCCGAUUUUUCACGGACCUUCCCACGCUCGACGUCGUUUGAGGAAGAAAACAUUAAGGACGUUCAUCGUCCCGCUGCUUUCUUCUCUACUUUCUGCUCGAUUUCUUCUUCCUUCGACGAUAUGAUCCGCGAACGAGGUCGAGACGUGAUAUUCUCAACGCGCAUAAGAUAUCUGUUAUUACGCACGUAUUUUAAACACGAAGAAACAUCGAAGAAUCGUCGCAUAACCCGUGGGCACAUUCUCUUGCUGAAUGGAAUCGAUUAACCUGCUUUACCACUUAACACAUAUUCACACGUGAAUUAGUAGACGACAAAAGUCUAUAUGUUUGACAUGAGCUUGAAGAAUUUUUACUUUCAAAGAUGUAAUUAGAGAACUGACUAAGAACUUAGACUUGAAAUUCGUAUAGAAUUUAUCAUGUCCAAGACGAAGUAAUUUUUAAAACGUUUAAAACGCGAAACAGUUUUCUUUCACGAUCAAAUAUUUUACAUGGGUUCGUAAAAUGAAUUAGCAUAAAUAUUCGCGGUCUACAUGUAAGGCAACAAGUUAAUCGACCUCCAUCGAAGCAACGUGAUCACAGAAGAGGUAAAAAGAUCGACGACGAUUAUGUUGCUGAUGGGGUGUGAAAUGCGUGGAGUGGUGGAGUUUCUUUUCUCGCGAUUCACUGCCGCGGACUUCCUUCAUGGCAGUGUGUAUUAUUCGGAAUUAGGAUAAACGAUUAGCGCGGACACGCAAUGUUCAAGUGCCAAAUUUUUAGCUAUCUUUAGCACGUAAUUUAUCGCGCCUGUCGAACCCAGCAGACGCUUAAUUAGCGCGCGCGCAAGAGAGAGAGAGAGAGAGAGAAAGAAAGAAUGUGUGUGAGUGAGAGAGAGAGAGAGAGAGAGAGAAUCGAGAGUAUUUCACAAAAGAGAGAAAUUGUUCGUAUUGGCGACUGAAGUCGGAGGAAUUUGUACAGUAUAGAUCGAGACUAUUUAAGAGAUUCGUUGUAAAACGAUUAAAGGAUUUAGCGGUGGAGUUUCGAUAUGGCGCAUCCUUUUGUACGCGAGUCGUGUAAUUAUGGAAUGUGCUAUGAAUGAUUCGAAGGAUUUUUGAGUAACUGAUAUUAAAAUAUACGUGUUAUUUUUUUCUAUUUUUGUAAAAGCGUAGAAAUAUUGAAUUCACUCGCGAUUUUUAUUCAAUUCAGUUCUGAUAAUAAUGUCUAUCGAAAAAAGAAAUAUUAUGGAUACAAAGAUAUUAUUGGCGUUAUUAUCGAGUAGAAAAAUUGUCGUGCUAUUUCUUAAUUUAAGGAAAGUUCAAUGAUUGCUCGAAUAUCCUUUCGAACGGUCUUAAAGUUACCAUCGAAUUUAUGUAUCUUCCUGAAUUAUUUGGUUGGAAAUUUGACUAGCAAGAUAAACGCUCAAAACGUUCAUGAAUAUGUAUCAUUGUUAGGGAAAAACCAAUAAUCAACAUAUUUUUACUGCGUUCAAGAAUUCGACUGAAAUUUUUGCAAUCUGUCGUGAUUUUCCGUGUGCGAGGAGUCGCCGAGCGGUACUCUCGAUGUAACGGACGGAGAAAGAAGGAAAUUAAAAAUAAUAAUAAUAAUAUAUAAAAGAAAAUAAAUAAACUUAGAGAAAACGCGUCACAGCCAACUGAAUUUAAAAUGAAUUUUUACAAAGGGACAUUUGUAGUACGGCCGUCAGAAGCAACGUAGACGACAAAGGGUUAAAAGUCAACUUUCGAAGUAAUUUUCGAAUAGGUAACUCUCGUUCCCUUCAUUUCGAAGAACAACAAUAGUCGGCUCAAAACUAUUCUCACACUCUCUCACUACGAAACGAUUCACCGUUUGUAAAAUCUCCUCUGUUUUCCUUCUUUAAGCGAUCAGUAGUCGAUGACCGAGUCGAAGGAAUGGAAAGAAGAGAUCACAAACGAAAAAAACCACAGGCCGAUAAGGUUCAUGCUUGAAGACAAAUACUUGGAAACGAAAGAAAGGAAGGAGGAAAAAGCGAAAAAAAGAAGAUAUAAAAAACAUGGAUAAACACGUUCUAAAGUCAAAAAAGAAAAAGGGGAAAAUGCAAAAAAAAAAAAGGAAGAAUUAAACGUGUACUAUUAAAAAAUAUAAUCUCUACGCAUAUUUAAAAAGAUACUUGAAUGCUAAACGCCAAAUAUUCGUAAUACACACCGAGAGGAACUAAAUAAAAGCUAAACUAAAUCAACCAAUAAUCGAGUAACUGAAUAUUAAACGCUAGCCUGUAAUCAAUAGAGAAUGUAGUAAUAUUACUUCGAACAGUAAAUUAUAGGAGUGAUUCAAAAGGUAGUCUACUAGAAGUUAGGCUCGAAUUUUUAUCGAGAUCAUUUUCUCUCUAAACUAACAGAAAAAAAGCUAAAUAUUUAAUUAUCUCAGAACAAUCUAUCGAACUUAACGAAGCCAAAAGCGAAACGAAAAGAAAAAUAUAAUAAAGGACCGUAGCCGGGGAUGAUUGAUCUUAAUCGGAAUUUAAAAUUGAAGCGAAUAUAAGAAGAGAAACGAUUCAAGUAAGACCGGUGUGUAAAAAGCUUGCGGUUGACAAACCAGCGACACGGAUCGCUGAGAUAUGAAUGCACGAGAUCUAUUUCUUCUCUACCUACGCCCUUUUCUUCCCUGAUAAUAUAUUUUAACGAAGGAUCGUCUCUUUAUUGUCCACCGUUACACCAGUCGUCGAAGUCGUUACGAGGUUAAUAGAAAAAAAUGAAAAAAGUUCGCGCGAGGCUAACGAAGGAUAACAGAAAUAAUAUUUCGAGUCUGUAAAUGCAUGAACGAGUGAGAAAGUUGGUGAGAAAGGGGGAGAGAAAGAGAAAUAGAAAAAAACAGAGAAUGUAUGAGAGAGAGAGAGAGAAUGGGAGAAUAUGAGAGGGUGAGAAAGAGGGGGAGAGAGAGAGAGUAAACAAGAAAUAAAUGAGAAAUAAAAUUUGCGUUACCCGUGCAAAUAUAUUAUAUAGGAGGAAAAAAGAAAACAAAAUAUUUAAAAAAGGAGAAAGAGAGAGAGAGAGAGAGAGAAAAGAUGAAAACGAUACUCCCUUUUCCGUAGACCCUGGUGGGACGAUGCAAUUGAACUGACUCACCCUCGAUCUCACUUGACUUUUAAUUAUGCCUCGACAACAGCCUGGCCUGAUAAUAGUAAAUUCAUAUUGAAGAACGUUAAGUAAGAUAAUAAUAAUAUUAAUAAUAAUAUUAAUAAUAAUAAUAAUGAAUGAUAUUAAUACUAAUAAUAAUAAGAGUAAGAAUAAUAAUAACAAUAGUACUAAUACUACUAAUAAUAAAAAAAUUUGUUAUAUUUCUACGCUGGGCUCUUUUUCGAGGCAGAAACGUUGAUCGAUAUGAAAAUCCCUGUUAACUGGUGAGCACAUAAUCGCCGCAUUGUAAUAUUAUUAACAUUAUUACGUUAUUAUGAAAUUGUUGAAAUAAAUGAAAUGAAUAUA